UGCUACAUUUUUUUCACAAAUUGAUUCCAUUGUUAGUUUCAAUGAGUUAAUUUUAUCGUAAGUCUGAUAAGCAAAAAUGUAUAAAAACAGAAUAAUGAUUAACCCUUAGAUGCAUACAUAACCGUACUGCAUCUUUUAUAAGGAAAUACCUACCAUAGUACAAACCAGCCUCAAAAUGUCCAGUUGUUGCAAGUGCGAGAUCAAAGGCCGCGCCAACAGCGCCGGUAAUUUGCCACUGAUCUGCCUGGUGCCGCGCGAUGACCCCGCCCCGGCCCAGGCCGGCUCCUCCAAGCCUUCUGCUUCUGGCCCCUCUGGAAACAAGCCCGAGUUCCGCAUGCUUGAUGAUGACUACAUUAAGAAACACUUUAAGCUUCCACAGAGGGCCCUAUAUUUGGAUCCCUUUAGAAAGCCUCUCAUCACGUUUCCAAUGGGAGGCCAGCCCAAGAACUUCAAUUUGGCACGGAAGACUAAAAUAAAUCAAAUGAUUUUGGACGGAUUUUUGGAUCCCAGUGAAGCAAUAUCAGCUCCUAGUGUAUUUCCUUACGCAACAUCAAAUGCUGAGAAAGGGAAAGCAGCGGAAGACGACGAGGAAAUCAUUUACAUUCUGCAAUUGCCAGAUAUCGAAUCACGCUGUCCCGUUCAUAAUCAGACUAUACGAACUCCCAGAUUUAUUUGGCACUCCUGCAAGAAAUCAAAGAAAGCAGACGACGGUGAGAUGAAACCCGGUGGCGGCCCUAUGAACAAACCAAAGCCUUGGCUACUUAGCAGGCACACUGACUUCGAUUUAUUAUCCCAAUGGUAG